AUGGGCACCAACCUCGACGUCUGGAUCGCAGGGGCCGUCGCAGCAGUAACAGUCGACUUCAUCGUCUACCCCUUCGACACCCUCAAAACACGCAUCCAGUCCCCGGACUACAACAGAAUCUACAAGGAUGCAAGCACGGGGGCUAUCCGCAAGAAUGUCCUCUUUAGGGGAGCAUUCUUCACAACCUACGAAUCCGUGAAACGCCUCCUCGGCGACACUCCAUCCUCCUCAUCAACUUCGACUUCAACCUCAACUUCCAAACGCCCAUUCACCCUCCCCACCCCCCUAAUCCACGGCCUUGCCUCCUCAACCGCGGAAAUGGUCUCCUGCGCGAUCCUCACCCCCGCAGAAGUAAUCAAGCAGAACGCACAAGUCAUCAACAUAUCCCCCUCCCCAUCUUCUUCUUCUUCAGACAUGUCAGCCAAAACCAAAAGCGCCACAGCGCAAGUCCUCGCCAAGUUCAGAAACCAGCCCUGGAAGCUAUGGAGCGGGUACACCGCGCUCGUGGGACGCAAUCUGCCGGCUACGGGGCUGAAUUUUCCGAUAUUGGAGUUUGUGAAGGGGUGGUUGGUUUCGUGGAGGGAGGCGGUGGUUGUGGCGAGGAGGAGGGUGCGUCAUGGAGAGCAGGGGAGUCAAGAGGGAGGAGCAGGGGCCAAAGAAGGAAGACGGUUCAACCCCAUUGUUGAAACGGCGCUGUUAACGGGCUUAGCGGCUAGUGUGUCAGGGACGAUUUCGUCUAUCGUCACCACGCCUAUUGAUGUCGUUAAGACGAGAAUGAUGCUGAGUGCUACUUCUCCCCCAUCUGACGGAAAGGGCGAGGACAGUAUCGGCAAACAGGCCGGGAUCCAAGCGAGGAAAAAAGAGAAAUUGAAAAAAGCCGCCCGUCGAGGCACGAUAGCCAUGGGGCGACAGAUAUGGACGCAAGAAGGAUUAAAAGGUCUGUUCCGCGGCGGAGCGGUACGCUCGGUAUGGACGGCGCUGGGGAUGAGUAUUUACCUGGGGUUUUAUGAGGGGGGGAGGCUUUAUCUUGAGGAUAGACGGGCGAGGAGGGAGGAAGAUGAGGGGGCUGCUUUGUAG